AACCGGCCGUCAGUCAGUGCAUAUCAGUGAACCGGACAGGACAGACACUUGCCGAGCAAUAGUAGUUGGAUAAAUUUGACGCGCGAAGAUCAGCGAACAUAAAAAACGAAAAGUGUUCUCGGUUGACAAAUAAAAAAAAACUGCUGUGAGCUCAAGAGGCGAAAACUUUGUUCAACCCCAGAUUCCCCGGUGGAUUCAAGUGCGUUCUGAAGGUUUAGUUUGGAAAAAUUUGCUUAAGAGGAAGUCAAUCGAAAAAAAAACACGGAAAAAACUGCAGAGAAAAGUGUACCAUUGUGGCUCAAACAAAGUCACUCGAAACUUUUGUGGUUGUGCUUGCCGGAAAAUUGUACGGAUUAGUUCUUGCUGAUUUGAUUUUUUAAUUAACAACGCCAAGCUUUUGAGUUGGGAGAAGCUGAGCUUUUCGGAAAGCCUUAAUGUGUGUUAGAGAGUGCAUCAAGUGCUAACAACCCCCCGCAUAAAAAAAACCCGUUCAAGUUGCGCCUCCCCCCCUAAUGGAUCAAUAGUGGUAUUUUUCGACUAAGACGAAUCAUCAACCCAGUAUGGUCUGAGGAAAAAUAUUCCAUUCUUAUUGAACCGUUAGCUUUGGCAUUCUGUUGAUCGAGUCCCCGAAUUUGUUUUAUUUGAGAAUGUGAUUUUUGUGUGUGUUACAAAAAGAGAUACAGUUUUCAAUUUAGCGAAGAACUUCGACAAAGUUGAGCGCAAGUUUAGCGGCAAUGGUCAGCGAUGAGUGAGAAAACUAGUCACAACAGGCAAACGAAGGAUUUCAACAACGGUGUGACCGGUAAACUUUAAAACGGGACUCAUUGCAGCAGACUUCGAAAGCGAGGAAUCCGAGUGAAUCUCGCACCGGAAACGAAACGCCCAACCUGCAGGUGGUGGAAAAUUGUCGACGACGCAGACUUCUUCUUCUUAUUCUCGAAGGACAACAGACGAAGGUGCCUCACUGAAUGCAAUUCAACUGACUGGGACUUGGACGGGCUGAUCGUUAGCAAUCAUGAGAUCUCUGAUCUCAUCUCCCUUUUUGACCUUUGGCCUCUGGCUAGCGUUCAACAUCACGACAGCGAGCCUAUCAGAAGCCUUUGGCAAUGGCACGGUCACCAUCACAUCACCCCUAUCGUCUUCGAAGUCAUCGUUCUCGGUGGCCCCCUCGGAAAAAUCCACCUCCGAGAGCACCAAGCUCAAAUUUAUCCGGCCGACCUAUACCAGAACCGAGCUGAAAGUGUCCCGAAGUUUGGACCCGAGCAACACGCAAAAAUUGAACGUCCGAUCGAACAAUGGCCGGAUGGUGGAGAUAAUCGUUAAGAAACGGGAUGAAAAGUCUGGUCACUCCAGAUCCCAGACUCCGAGCAGUGUUAGACCUUCAUCUUCCGAUGGUUACCGGAUAGCGAGCGAUAGUAAACAAGAAUCGAUGGACAUUAUAAAUGCGUUCUUGGAGCAUGUCAAUCGAGUCGAUAAACCGAGUCGGUUUUUUGAAGAUGAAAGCUCGAUCAAAAACGAUCGUCGAUCGGUUAGGAUUGCGGUAAGCAGCCGUCCAGUGGAUGAUUCGGUCAAUGUACCGGCUCCAGUGGUAAUAAGCUCGGAUGCCAUUUACAUGAAAGAUAAUCCCCUGGCGAAAACCGGCACAAAAAAGGCACGAGCAUUGCAGGAGAUUGGCGAAGAUGGCAUUCCGGUAGUUCACGGUAUUCGAGUUCCAGAUGAUGAAGCAGACAAACAUCAAGUCUGGCGGAACGCUCGGGUCAUUAAUGGUGAAUUGGUUCCAUACGAGAAAGGCCAGGUACCGAAAAAGUUGGAAGGCACCGGUGAUGCCUAUGGACAGUUGAUAUUUGCAAAGCCAUCAAGUGAAAUGACCACCGGAACAAGUCGUCGCCGGAGUAUUGGCCCCUUUACAACGGCCGACAAUUUCCCCCUUGAUGAGUCCAAUUCCAAAAGCUUUGGACCGUUUAGUGUGGAAGACAAUCUGCGAUCGAGCAUAAGAGUCAACGAUGCAGAACCGAUUCGAUUCCCCACAAAUAUUGGACCGUUUUCACGUGCCGAUAAUGCACGUCUCUCGAAUGCCAAAUUGAUUGACUAUAUUAAGAAAAUCAAUGAUCAGGAAAGCAAAAAACAUUACUACGCAGCUAGAACUCCAAACAAGGAGAUCUUUGCCGAACAGCCGAAGAUUCAACGAAGGAUGCUUCAAAAUCCAGGCAAUCCCGUUUAUCCGGUUUCGAAAAUGUAUUCCAUCCCCGGAUCGAACCAGCUUCAAAGUGAGCUGGAAGAUUCCCGGAAGCCAGUACUUCAGUAUGCUCACCCCGAGUUGGGAGUUCAGCCAGCCAAAUUUGUACCACCAGAGAGUAAGCCAACUCCGAAAGCUACUAAGAAAAUAAUUAAUGUCGAGUACAGUAAACAUAAUGACCAUUCCCCAUUUGCCAUUGAGCCGGCCAUGUUGGGUAAGGAUUAUUACGACGCUCCACCAGGUGUCAAGUUUUCCCCCAAGAAUCCUUAUGACGAACUGUACCAACCCGCCAAGAAGAUGCCCGCUACUUACCCUUACAAUUACGGUUUUAUUCGCCGUGUUAGGCCGGAACGUCCUUUCUGGGUAAAGAUAACGGAACAAGUAAAGGACAGCUUUCAAAAUGGGAUCCACUCGAUGCAAGAAUUCGCAAAACCCGUGCUCGAUCCAAUCGUCGAAGCCGGACAAAAGAUCUCUAAAAAUCUGGGAUUUGCUAAGCGGCCUAAUGAAGCUAAGGACAAAGCUGAUCUGGUGGUGGCAUCAGGUACAAAUUCAAUUGUUCUCCCGGCUCUAGGAGUUUUGGCUGGAGGUGCUGCCCUGGGUUUGGGUGCUCUUACUGUGGGUCGUUUUUUUGACAUGGACCUUCUGCGGAGAUCCGGUGAACAAUUGGUAAUGGAAUUGGAUGAUCUAGAACACAAACGAGCCAUGGAGGGUAUCCAUACUCAUCCGGAAAACUAUUACCUAGUUGUGCCCUCAACGGCCAUCACUCGAAUGGAACCCGUGGAUCAACCCAUUUCCCGGACAAAGCGAGCAAAACGGGCAGCCAAUCCUACUCACCUGGAGAACACCAUUCUCGAUAACGAAAUCUACCGGAACGAUCGAUUUGACGAUCAGGGUGAUGUGAUCGAGAUCAUCGACCUAAAGCGGGCCGAAGAUAGUGGUGAGCUAAGUAUCGAUUAUGACGACGACAGUAUCCAAUCGAUUAGCGGCAACAGCAACGAAGGAUUACGCAACCGGAGAAAGCGCGCCAUCGGUGCGUACGACGACAGCUUUGCCCAGACGCUGCAGGACGUAGAACGGGAUCUUCCUCGGCCGGGACGAGUGGGUUUCGAACAGCAGCUCCGGCAAACCGACUGGAAGAACCCAUCCUGCGCUAAGCGAACCUUCUGCCAGGUGAUGGUUCAGCAGGGUGCUGACGAUGUGGUGCUGAUGGAGAAGAAAAUGUACACCAUACUGGAGAUGAUGCACCCAACGCUGGGAGCGAGCUUAACCGAUCACCUUUCCGAAGUAACCGACGCCAUCCGACAGCAAGAUUGUAACCGAUUCGUGUGUCUUCAGCGGUCGUAGAACAAGCUGAAUGAUGAACUCAAUUAUUAUUUUAAAUAUUUGAAUGGUUCUUGAAUAUUUAAGUUCACCUAGGAAAAUGUCUACGAAUACUAAAGAUUGAUUUGAAUGAAAAGAUGAAAAAAAAACUUUCCGUGAUAAUUCUGCAUCCAGAUAAACUCUACUAUUCGAUCAUUAUUUCAGGCAGAAAAUAAUUCGACCUUCAAAAACUUACACACAAACACAUUCAGAAUUGUUCACGCACCAACCCACAUUAAUGUAUUGAAAUGCCAAAGGAUGAUUAGGAAGCGGGAAGGGAAAAACGAAAUUGUGUUAACUUUUCUGUAGGUUGAGACAGUAUCAUUAGUAAGUGCCUUUAGAUAGAAUUAUUUGUAUUGCGGAAGAGUUCGACGAACCAUAAUUUAUGAAGAAAAAAAACUAACCAACGACCAACCAGUGUUGUUCCACGGUUCCGCAACUACAUCCGGGACAGCGUGAGGGCGAAUCUCGCAUAUUUAUUUUGAUUUUAUUUAAAUUAUAUUAAAUACGACUAUUUAAAUCCUAAUUUAUUCGCAGCCCACAGGAUGGAGGAGGAAAAGCAGGAGGAACGUGUUAUUAUUUUAGGAACCGUGAAAAUGUCAUUUAGCACACAUACCUAAUAUUCUGUCACACGAAUCGACGCUGACGAAAACGAGCAAUUUAGUAUAAACAGACGAAUUUCAGAAAUCAGACUUAGAGAUCUAACAGAGUAUGAUAUGCAUAGAUUUUGAACGUUUGAUAGUAAUUCCUAAGUAGGAUAAGUGAUGCGGAAGGUGUGCUAAAGUAAAAAUUUGUUCGAAAAAAGGAGAGGUGUAUUGCUGAGGUUUGUAGGCAGCAAUGUAGAAUCAUUAAGAUGAAAAUAUUAUAACAUUUUGAGAAUGUAUGA